CAGCAACAAUGAUGAAGUGCAGCAACAAGACACAGGCAGCAACAAGAAGAGCAAAACAGACUCACUAGUUCAGAGGUGGAGGACUGCAGCCUUGGCACUGAAUGAUGCCCUCCAAGCUGCCCUAUUCAGCCCUCAGGGCUCCCCCUGAAUCACAGCCCUCUCAUCUGCCCACAACCUUCAGUGACUCUGUUCCCUGUGCUCUUCAAGUGAUUUUAUGUGGCUAGAAUGUAACAUUGGAAGGUGAUUAUGUCUCUUGUUUUGCUGCAUUGAAGAUGGAUAUCUACAUAGCUGGAAUGUAGUCUACUGCACAGAGGUAAGAAUCACAUCCGUUGCCUCACUCAGUCACAUCUAUUUUGCCUCUGGUCUCAACCACCACAGCCAAGUGACUCCCAGAAAGAAUACAACCUUCAGAAUGAAAUAGUUCACUUCCCCCUGUAGUCUUCUGGGUGGUAAAUAGCACAAAACAUUAAUGUAUAUGAAACUUUCUACUGUGCCAAAAAGUCCAGCUGACGCUUUCCAAGGGACAUUUAGGGGAAGAACAAAUAGAGAAACUUGGUGCAAUGUUGUGAGCCGGGAUACUUGUGCUUCAGGGUACAAGUGGCAGUCUUGUCUCACCUCUUUGUUGUUCUUAUUGAAGGAGGAAUUUUGUCCCCACUGGUGGUGGUGACGCCCCCAGGAUGGUCUGGCAAACAUUUCCCCCAAAUACAUCUCUGGAAGAAGGCAACACUGGUAUUGUUGUAUCCUUUGCCUCACUCCUGUUUUGCCACCCUGGGUUCCUUGGGGAGGAAGAGUGGGAUAUAAAUGCAAAUGUUGUUGCACAUUUACAUCAUGGUUGUUAUAUUUUAAUGGGGUUGCAUUGUUCUGUAUUUUUAGUUAUAUUGUGUUCCAACAAUGUUGUGCAGUUGGAUUAUAUUUCUGUAAACCACUUAUAAGCCAUCUGGGCAUUGAGAGAUAUAAAUAAUAAUAAGCCAUUCAUCCCUACAAAACAAUUCCCCUUGCCAUGGUGAUUCAUAAAUGAUUUACUUAGGAGUGAGCAAUGAGGUAGUCCAGUGUGUUGAUGAUACCAAAGGAACUGUGAAGAACUCCAAAAGGAACUACCUAGAAUGAGUGAAUUUGUCCCAUGAAAAUACAUUGUCAGGACUUCUCAAUGCUCUGUGUUGCAUUCCAGAUUUUUCCGUAUGGUUUGACCAUAUGCCUCAUAUGAGUACAAGAAUUUGAAGCAUUAGUUGUCCUAGUCAUUGUGACAUAUUUUAUGAUGCAACUGACAAGCCACUUUCAUAUGUGAAGAAACACCCAUCCUCAUUGGUAAAAGCCAUUGUGAUGUCAUCAUUAAGCAAGCACAGCUUUCUAGGACCAAAAGGGCCUGGAGAAAACCAGUAUAUCUUCCUGAAAAGUCAUGCCUCGCGCAACAUGUCACUGUUGCUUGACAUGUCCAUGUUGCCCAGGUUGUCCGUGCUGCUAUGAAUUAGUUAGGUUUCGGCGUUACUUGUUCAGCAGAUCCAUAUUCGCAUGCUGCUUGUGUUGGCGUUUUCUAUGCAGCGAUGAACGGAACUGUGACUGCUUCUACUGUCCACACAGCGAAGAUGAAACCUGUCAGUGCUGCCACUGCACAUGCUCACAGAACCCAAAUUGCCGCUGCUGCUGCUGCUCCUGUGCUAAUAAUCCACACUGCAAGUACUUGUGCUGCACAGAUGAGAAUGAUGACUGCCAGUGCUAUGAAAGCACGUGCUGCAACUACCUCAACUAUAUACCUUACAAGCAUCGGUACAGACUUAGAAGGUAAGAGUUUGACAGAACUAUGGUUUGUUUUAGAAGCCAGUAAUCAUUAACCCAUUUAGGAGCUUAGAGUCCUUUGAAAAACUACUGUGGAAAAACCCCAAUGUUAGCACUACACAUUUAGCCUCUUUCCAUUUUAAACCUUCGUUAAUACACAUACAUUUCCAUUUCUGCAUCAAUUAAAUCAAUUAUACUUAACACUGGGGACUGACCAAGGGGCUUUCUACAUGCCCUUAAUCAAUGGGGUAUUAGGCAACACAGAUAUGGCAUCCUAUCCUGUGGUUAGUUGGGUGCUGUCAGUGGCAAGAGGGCCUUCUCAGUAGUGGCACCAGCUUUGUGGAAUUCCCAUCAGAUGUCAAGGAAAUAAACAACUAUCUGACUUUUAGAAGACAUCUGAAGGCAGCCCUGUUUAUGGAAAUUUUUAAUGUUUGAAGUUUUAUUCUGUUUUUAAUGUUCUGGGAGCUGCCCAGAGUGGCUGGGGAAACCCAGACACAUGGGUGGGGUAUUAAUUAAAUAAUAAUAAUAAUAAUAAUAAUAAUAAUAAUAAUAGAUCUACAUCCUAGAUUUAAGACCCUAUUCAUUGGACUAGACACAGGGAAUCUAUGCAACUGAAGCUGCCAUCUCAUACAACACGUACCAACUGAUGACCAAUACUACCUAUAUAGAAUGAUAUAGGGUCCUUGAAUGUUACCUAGUCCAAUCUUCUGCUCAGUGCAGGAUAGUCACAGGUGAAACAUUCCUCACUUCUCCUGUGCAUCUCUCAAGCAGGGUUUUGAUUAGUUUUGUUACCCUGAAGCAAAAAUACUGUGCAGCGCGUUAUUUACCCAUAGCACAGAAUGAGCAAAAGCGCUGAGAAAGAGAAAGAGUGCCUUACUUUAAGGGUUUUUUGAGUUUGUGGCACAGGAAAGAUUCACGCCACAUAUCUCUCCAAACUUCAUAUGAGUCUCAUCCCACGCAAGCCUCCUUGUCUUUUCACUUGCAGACCUAGUAGCAGCAGGACCAGUGGGAAAACCUUACUGCGAGGCCUCCAUGUAAGGCCUUCAUCCCUACCAUCUAGGACAUUAAACAACAUCUCGGGAAUCCUGGGAAAGCUGUAUUUCCCAAGGUCAGUAGCACCUUCAGGAUUGUCAUUGCAGGAUUUCUGGUGAUACUGAGAUUGCUAACAAGAUCGCCAUUCUGCACCUGCCACCCCAAACCACAAAGUAGGGAAAACAUUUGACAGGAGACAGGGAGGAAAAAGGAACAUAGGAAUUCUGGAUUGGGUUAAAUCUAAACCACAGAUGCAUUUUAGGGGUAAAAAAGGUAAAGGUAAAGGACCCCUGACAGUUAAGUCCAGUCCCAGACGACUCUGGGGUUGCGGCGCUCAUCUCGCUUUAUAGGCCGAGGGAGCCAACGUUUCUCCGCAGAUAGUUUUUCUGGGUCAUGUGGCCAGCAUGACUAAGCCGCUUCUGGUGCAACGGAACACCGCAGCCAAGCAUUACUCAUAACAUAAGUUCAUAUUACAAGUUGGGUAAUUGUGAAUGUUGUUGGCUUCACUCUCUACAACUGAAAGUUUUCUUGGUUGUUGUUUUUUAUGCUCAGACGCAAGUUGAUAAGCAACUCAUCUGUCAUUUCGCUGGAUAAGGAAUCAUCGGGACAUGCUUUUCUUGACCAGCUUAUUUGCCCUUUGUGCCAAGAGCUGUUUCUCCGACCUUUUAUGCUGCCAUGUAAUCACUGCAUUUGCGAUAAGUGCAUAAUGAAGAGCCAACUUCAGGCUGAGAUCACAGAGAACUUCUUCAUCAUCACAUGCCCCAUUUGCAACAAAGCCCACUGCCUUCCAUUUGCCAAGAAAAUCCAGCUGCGGAUGAAUUACCUAAGAGCCAGAUUGGCCAGGAAAUAUAUGCGUCGAUACGGUUUUCUGCGGUGGAGGUUUGACAGAAGCCGGCUACCGAUUUAUUGCCAACUUUGUGACGAGCGCCGGAAGGCCACCAAGAGAUGUGUGACAUGUCAGUUGAAUUACUGUAAUCUUUGCCUGAGGAACUUUCACCAGGAUAUCUCGUACCAAAAUCAUGUCUAUGCCAAAAUCAGUGACGAAGUUUGGGAAGAAAGAAACUGUUUGAUCCAUGGUGAUUCAAUGAUCUCAAAAUACUGUCUUGAUGACCAUGAACUGCUUUGUGAAUACUGCGCUGAUGCCCACCACACGGAUCAUGACACAGUUCCUUUGCCACUAGCAUGUUCAAAACUGUCUGCUGCAUUAUUCGGUUCUAUUGCGAAGUUUAAAAAAGGUCCCUGUUUGUAUUUACUUUCCUUCUGCUUGAUUUGUUAUUGUAAUAUAGGCUUUGAUGAGUCUCAAAGUGCAAUUAUAAACACACCGGUGCAAUGGCACCCACAUUGUGUAAAUCUUAGGUUUGUAUGUACAUUUUAUCUGAAAACCACUGAAAGAGUAGUGAAAUAGACAUAAUGUAGGGACAUCUAUGGAUGCAUGCAUGCUAUACCUUUAAAAGACAUUUGCCUCCUUCAAAGGUUUCUGGGUACUGUAGUUUAGCUCAUACUGAUUUACAUGUCCCAGCAACACCUUAGCAAACCACAGUGACCAGAAUUCUUUGGCGGCGGGUGUGUGUGUGUGUGUGUGUGUGCACUUUGAAUGUACUUUAAUGGUAUCACAUGUAGACGGGUCAUCAAGGCCUUUCUGAAAUUGUAAAUGUAGCUGCAGGGGUCAGAUUGGGGCAAUGCUGCAAGUGUGCUAACCCUCCCCAUGAUUUCUGCAUUAUGCAAUCACUCCUGAGCUGCUGUUUGUUCUUUGAGGGUAAGCACACAAGCAUGGUCACAUCCAUCCCGUGCAUUUAUAGCACAUUUCUGCCAAUUUAACUUUCCCACAAAGGAUCCUGUGGACUGUAGUUCACUCCUCACAGAGCUACAAUUCCCAGCACCCUUAAACUGCAGCUUCCAGGAUUCUUUAAAUAUAUGGUGUGAAUAUGACCAAUGUAUGUGUUGACUCAACAGUCAACAGACUCAACAUGCUGUUCCAACAGAGAGAGUUUAUCUAUGGGGGAAACAGCAAAGGAGAGCAUUAAUAGCACCUACAGCUCUGCUCCACCAACCCACCAACCCCUGGUGGCUCUCUUCACAUUUAAAAACACUGUGGGAAAUCUGAUCAUUGUUGUCCAAUUUUUUAUUUACUUUGAGGAAUUGUUCCCACAAUGCUGUACAUUCAAAUCCAGUUUACAUUGUGUUAAUGGGACUCCAACUUAUCGUCUUGAACUGAACCAUAGUGAAGCUGCUGUUUCCAAUACAGAUCACGCUAAAUGUAGUCAACCUAUAUGAAACCCUGUCUCACUUUUAACUUUUACUACAUUUUGUGAAUGAGUAGAUGAACAGUGAUAUCAUGAUUGUUUUUGUGAUAUAAUGAUUGUUUUUGUGUGUUUCAGUACGAUUUAUAAUUGAUAAUGAUCUAAUGGAAGUCCUUGUAUUAAAAAACAAUUUUAAGUCCUAUAAAGAAACAAAAAGGAGGGAGAUCAGGAACGGUUUCAUGAGGUUACAGAGCAUCCUUCAACAACGGGAGAAAGAGCUGAUGGAGGCAGUAGAAAACCUUGAGAUUCAAAAACAGAAGGCACUUUACGAGUUUGCCGAAUACACAAGCAAGAGAAUUGAUCAGAUGGACAGCCUUAUGCAGUAUUCUAAGGAAGCUCUAAAGGAACAAAGCCAGCUUGCCUUCCUGCAGUCUGCAUAUGGGCUAGUAGUUGAAAUAGAAGAUGCAAUUGCUAAUAUUUAUCAGCCUAGCCCACUUCUCAGGGAAGACCCUAUUAAGCACCUUAAAGUCAACUUUGAGGAACUUGCACAAAAGUUACAAACCAUUUUCCCAGCCCUUUCAAAGAAAGUGUAUGAUAAAACAGGCAAAAGUCCUUACCCCUGCAGUUCUGACAUAAUGAUUCCAAGGGAUGUUUCCAGUGCGCACGUCCCAAAUCCAUUAGGAAUGGAUCGUAGUCAGUCUUUAGCAUCAUUUACUUCAUUAGAUCAAGACAUAAUGAACGACAUGUAUCUAAGACCCAAAUCCUUACCUCCUAACUUGAAAGAUAAUGGGAUGUAUGCAAUUUGGGACGCAGCAUCAGAUACUUCAAGAAGCGAUAGGAGAUUUCAAAACCAAGGUAUCUACUACAAUCCAGAAUUACAUGGAGAAGCCCAAUCUACCACUGUUCCUGGCAUUGUUAUCGUCUACCAAACACUUGUAUUUCCAACUCUUGCUAAGGUAAGAUUUUUUUACAUAAUGUUUCAUACACAUUGUACAUGCACUGAGAGCAUUUGUAGGCCAAGGGCUCAUCCCCACUUCCGGUUGUGCCAUUAUUUUUAGGCACAGGCCCGUGAUUUCUAGGCACGGGUCUGAGUGGUUUGUUGUUGCCAUCCUGCCAGUUUUCCUGGGGAAACCUGCUGAUUACUGCUGAAUCAGAACAAACAUCACUGAGGACUGACAUUUGUUCUGAUUCAGUCGAAAACAGUGGGUUUUUCAGCCAGUGCAUGUUGCCCAAUGCAGUGGUCCCCAACUUUUUCUGUGUUGAGAAAGUACAGUGGUACCUCGGGUUACAGACGCUUCAGGUUACAGACUCCGCUAACCCAGAAACAGUACCUUGGGUUAAGAACUUUGCUUCAGGAUGAAAAUAGAAAUCUCAUGGUGGCAGCGGGAGGUUAAGAACAAUUUCAGGUUAAGAACGGACCUCCAGAACGAAUUACGUUCUUAACCCGAGGUACCACUGCACUUGUUUAACUGGGGGAUUUUCUUUGUCAGACCUGCUUUCCUCUCUCUGUGAUUUCCUCCCUUGUGCUUCUCAGCUGAAUGGAGAACAGCAGAGGGUGGUGAAAAGGAAAUUUUCCCCUUGGAGCUCCAUCUGUUCUUCCUGUUGCUCUGCUGGGAGGGUAUGUUGUGAGCCCUGUAAGAUUAGGCUGUGGACCAGAAGCAGCUUGGUGGCUGCAGAUUACAAACUUCUAAACUAGAGGUAGAGGGAUCAUGUUUCUUGGACACCUGAAGGCAGCCCUUUUUAGGGAAGUUUUUAAUGUUUAAGGCUGUGUUGUGUUUUUAAUAUUCGGUUGGGAGCCGCCCAGAGUUGCUGCGGAAACACAGGCAGAUGGGCAAGGUAUAGGUAAUAAAUUAUUGUUAUUGUUAUUAAUUGGGGACUAUGUAUACAAACCGGAGAAUGUGCUUACUGUAUUUGCCUGGAGAAUGUACAAAAUGCAGUUCAGAUGCGCACAUUCCCCAAGGUCUGUUGGAGAUUAUGCAUAAUGUCAUUCUUUUUAUUUAUUAGCUGCUUGUCUCCUGAAGGUCUCCAAACAUAAAUAAUAAAAGCAAUAACCAGACACAUUAAUUAACAAAUAAACAAAAAUAAACAAAACCCCAACCUCCACCUAGUCAAAAAAUCAGUCACAUGAAACCAACAAUUUUUCUCUCUUUAACCUCUCCACCCUGCUCAUCAACUGGACAAUGUACAAAGUUCUGUCAAGAUAGGCACACUCCCCAAAGCCUGUUAGGAAUUGUGCAUAAUGGCCAGAGAAGGUACAAAAAAUGCAGUCAAUAUAAAGACAUUAUCCCGGGCCUAUAGGGGAUUAUGCAUAUUGACUAGAAAAUGUGCACAUUUCCCUCUUCGUUGAUGAAUUAUGUGCACUUUUUACAGGCACAGAAGAAGGCGAAAGCUAUUUUUAGAAAUCUCAUGAGAGAAACAUAUGUACUUGAUGGUGGUGAGCUGAUGAGUGUAUUUGUGGAGUCCACCUCCCAUUUUGCCACCCCAUCUGAAGGUGGCAAAACUGGAAUGUUGGAAAUGGGGGGCGGGUUUGAAAGGCCUUAGUUAAUGUGGAGUGUCCCUGUGCCCUCCUUGUAAGGUUAUUAGAUUUAAAGGUUACAAAUAGCAAGCAUUGAGAUGUUGCUACGUGAUCCAAAAUACUGGUAUGGUAGGAGAAGUUCGCUACAUAUAUCAUUGACAUAUUUUAAUGGAAUUUUUUUUUUUUUUUGCUAAAAAAUUUAAACUCUGUGAAACUAAUGGUUUUAGCUCAUUAAAUGCAACAUGAAAAUAUAUUCAGUGUUAUCUUUUUGUGUAUAGAUUUACUGGACAUGUCCUACAGAAGAAGUUGAUAGCUUUGAGGUUGCUUAUUAUGAAGUAGUUGAUGAAGAGGCAGCUGAGAAUUUAAUUCAGCCACAACUUGUAGGAGUGCUAACUGGGAUCGCCCAACAGAAUCUGGAAAUACAUAAUCUGACACCUAAUACAGAAUAUCUCUUCAAAGUCCGGGCUGUCAACGAGCAUGGUCCGGGCCCAUGGAGCGAAAUUUGUAAGGUACAAUCUAUCUACUCCUUCCUGCUUGUACUUUUCCACUGAUGUCAUACCAUGCAUACAAAGGCAAUAAUAAAAUAUUAGAUAGGAUAUGUUUCUCAGUAGGUUAUUUUGCUGGUUGAAUUAACCAGUGCUAGAUACUGCCCCAGCUCCAUCAGUCUCAAACCAAGCUUUGUCAACAGUUAUUAGUGAAUUGUUUGUAACAAUCAGAUCCUGUGCUUUAUUGUAGCUAGCUGACUCUUGUGUGAGGACCAUGUAGGAGAAAAGGAAAAUAAGGUGUUCUUUAAACGGUUGGUUGUGGUCCAAGAAAAAUCAGCCACCAAACACUUUUGAUACCCAUUUUUGUGCUCCUAUCUAGGUUGCAUCUAAGACAAUCCUAUUGCUCCCCCUAUGACAAGAGAGGUAUAGAUGAGGUUGCAGCCAUCUCCUCCCCCCACCCCGCUUGCAGUUCCUACACACCAUACCCCACAACUGUCCCGAUUAAAUUGGGACAUCCUGGUUUGGGAUGCCGAGCUCUGAAAAUAAGACCCCCAAAUGCAUGUUUUGGGGCUCAGUGAUCUCGUACGAGUCACAUGACUCACACAGAAGCAGGGUCGGGAAGACAAGUGUCCCAGUUUUGGGGGUCAAGAUGUUGGAGAGUUUGACUGACACCGACACGCACACAUCAUGGUGUCUUCUGGAAGCACCAUAAAUACUACCAUAUUAUUGUGGCAUAGAUUUUCAUGGAACAGAGUGCCCACCCUUUUAUUGGUCUAGGAAAGCUCAAGCCACACACAAAGUUAAGUCUUUAGGGUGCAGCAAGACUGUCAGCACAUCUGCUUAGUCAAAAGUCGCUUCCUUCGAGUUCAACAGGGCUUCAGUAUGCAUGAAUAGGAUUGCAACUUUCAGCACAAUGAAUCCACUGGGUGUGGUUUCAGAACUGACAUCUCAAAUCAAUCUGAACGUAUGUGCUGUUUUUUGUUUGUUUCUUUAUGGUAGAAAUUGCUUGUGUAUAGCAGGGGUCAGCAAACUUUUUCAGGAGGGGGCUGGUUCACUGUCCCUCAGACCUUGUGGGGGGCCGGGCUAUAUUUUUUUUUUGGGGGGGGGAUGAAUGAAUUCUCAUGCCCCACAAAUAACCCAGAGAUGCAUUUUAAAUAAAAGGACACAUUCUACUUAUGUAAAAACAUGCUGAUUCCCAGACCAUCUGUGGGCCGGAUUCAGAAGGCGAUUGGGCCGGAUCUGGCCCGAGCCUUAGUUUGCCUACCCAUGGUGUAUAGAAUAGGGGCCCUGAGAGACAAUUCAAUGUGUCUCUUAACAUGAGAGCUUCCAUAAUGGAUACAUUUUGUGCAGUAUUUCCCCCACUCCUAACAAUUUGGAAUGCUGUGUGGUCACAGUAGCAGGGGGGCAUGUGGAAGACUUGUGUUCCACUCCAUGACUUAUGGACAGUUGACCACAGAGUGUUAUCUAAAGUGCAAUACAAGCAAAAUUGGAGGUAGUCCUUCAGGCUAAAUAUCUAAGAAACGUUGAGAAAAGUUAAAAUAUGUUUUAACAAAAAUUCCUCAGAGAAGUGGUGCAUAUCUUUGUCAGUCACUAACUGGAAUAUGUGCAUCUUCAGUGGGGACUGAGUGAGGGUACAGAAGCACUGUCCAUUUCUAUAGCAAGGGCAAGAAAAUCAAAAUCUCCAAGCUCCUGCUGAAUUCUUGUCUAGUACUGCACAUCUUGCAGGCACAGGAGAAUGUCUAGAAGACAGUAUUCUAACUUAUUUGUCUUCCUCACCCACUCUCAUUCCAGCAGUAGGGUAGGCUUAGGAAUGGAGAUAUGAAGGAGGCUGCAAAGUAAAAGGAAAUAUUAUCUGCAACCUCUUAGCAAGAACAGCAUGAAUUUCCUUUAGGGAGUAACAGCUAAAGUAGCACCUGUAAAUGCAGGAUUAGGGAUAAAGACUAGUUCUCCCUGCAUCUGUGGAGCAAACAUACAUGUCCAGUAAUGUGUGGGCUUAAAAAAAGAAAAGAAAAAUAGCCCAGUCAAUUAUAUCCUGAUGGAUGUUAGUAGGAAGGCAUAGUCUACAGAAUUUCCCAGCUGCAGACAAGGGAAGAGGAACUUGAAAUGCCAUUCCUCAAACUAAAUAGCAAUGAACAAACAGAAGCUAUUUCAUUUGGAAUAAAUUGAAGUAUACUUUUUUUUUACAUAGCAGAUUGUGAAGAGGGAGUUAUUUAAGCCAUUUUGCAAAUUCCUAGAUUUGAAAACAGAAGUCUGAAAUAAAGUGUGUGUUUUGUUUAGCAGAAACAAUCUUUUUCUGGUUCUUAUUCAUCCUUUUUCAAACGUCAAAACAUAUUGAAUAGAUUCCUUAUUUUUAUUGCCCAGCUGUUAUUGCAGCUAGAACAUUCACCACAUUAUUUGAUUUAAAAACCCUGAAGCGGCAAUCCUAUCCCCCCACCCCCAGGCAAAGUAUUAUGUCAGUUGUUUCCUCCUCCUCUUUGUUGCUCGUUUUUUUUUUAAUCCAUUCUGUACAGAGUAACUUAUUGAUUUUAUAUAUCUCUAUGUUCACCAGUGGACCUAGAUUCUGAGCUUUCACUUAUAAAAAAAGAACAGUUCCUCUUUAGAAUGAACAUUGUUGAGCAAAAAAAAGAACAGUUCCUCUUUAGAAUGAAGAUUGUUGAGCAAAAUAUGCAAGCAAAAUUCAAAGCAAGUGUUUUGUGAGGUAUGAGCCUGCUUCCACCUUUCAGUGGUUUGCACAAAUGAAUGAAGUCACAACUGUGAUUGAUAAGCCCUUCAGAUAAGUUUAGAGUCCUGCCUGGUUCAUCUUCAAGAUAUAUACUUAGUCAUUUUGAAGUUCCCUCCCCUUCUUCACCUUCCCUGAUAGAGGGGUGACUGUUAGCCAGAGAAAAUAAUUGAGAAAUUCAGCAUUUCAGUAUCUCUGUGAUUGGUUAGUAUGGAAAAUAUUAAAAUUGUGAAGUGCAUUCCAGCAUUGUUAUCCACUCUCUUGCUUUGUUAAGUUUAUUCCCUUUCCUUUCCAUUUUUUUGGAAAAUGCAGUUGGGCAGGGCAGGCUAAGUUGACUACAUUAGUAGAUGGUGCAGUUGGGCUGCACUGCUCGCUUGACCUACCUCUGGCUGAGUUGCUGCUGCAGACUGGGAGGUGCAAGGUCAGCAUGGUGCAAAAGCACUAGUGGAGGCAAUCUAGCACUCCUGCCAGUGUUUUUGUACCACACUGACCAUGCUACUAUCUCACUCAUUACUCUCUUGAUCCUGGUAUACAGCAGCAAUUCAAUUGGAUGGAUGUUAAGUGAGCACUGAAGCCUCACCAUGCCCUCUGUGACUGGUUGAUCAUAGUAGCAAUGCAGUGGGAGAGGAAAUUUGUUACUUUCCCAGCUUCAGAGGAAAACAGAAGACUUUGAUGCAGCGCAAAUCCUUUUUGCUUGGCCUGUACUGAUAAAGGUUGCUGCAGUUAUUAUGAAGUGUAAAUAAUAAAUAACCACAACAAAGGCUCUUAGAAUAUUCUGCUUGCUUUUUAGCAAUUCAAUCCUGACUUUAUCAAAGCAGGGGUAUCUGAACUUUGGUUGCUACAAAUCUUCAAUCUCUUUUGACUGCUCCAGCCAUCUGAAGCAAAAAUGUCUGGUCUUGCCCUGAAUAUAGACACGUCACCCUAAGAUCAACUGAUGAAGUACCUACCAUCACAUAAGUGGUUUACAACUCAAGAAACACGAUUUCUUUGUACGGGUUAGGGUUAAGAUUGGGUGCUAUUCGUGCUAUUAUGUCUUUUAAUAGCUGUGUGUGGCAGGCAGAGAUUCUGCAUGUUAAGCAUUUUCAAGCCUUUUCAAAUAUGAAUGCAUUUAUAGGGAAAAGCUUCAUCUAUUGACCUUCUGGCCUUGCCCGCCCACAUUUCAGCAUUAGUUCUGCACACACUGGAAUUUGUAUAUGAGGAGCAAGAUUUGUCUUCCCUAUUCAUAUCUGUAGCCAUUCCCUUUUGCAUUUGUCCCCACCUUCUGAUUUGUCAGUUCUGUAAUACCGAUUAACAGUUGCAGGAAUGAAGGUUGCAAUACCAUAUAUGGAUGGGAAAAUAUCAUGAAAAAAAUUGUAAUGCCGAUUAAAUACUGACAGGGCAGGCACACAGAUAGCUGUACACAAAAGGCAGCAAAUGUAAAUUCUCGGCACACCAUUUUUAUUGUGUUUUCCUUCUGCAGUUCUUUUUUUGGUUUUGUGUAAAUAUGAUGGGUCAAAAGAUAAAUCUAUAUAUCUGUAUGGCUAUGCUCCAUUCAAAAGCGUGCCAAAAAUAGUUACGAGAAUCAAGGAGGAAAUGAAUUCAAUGGGCUGCUGAAUUCAUAGAAUCAUAGAGUUGGAAGAGACAACAAGGUCCAUCGAGUCCAACCCCCUGCCAAGCAGGAAACACCAUCAGAGCACUCCUGACAUAUGGCUGUCAAGCCUCUGCUUAAAGACCUCCAAAGAAGGAGACUCCACCACACUCCUUGGCAGCAAAUUCCACUGUCGAACAGCUCUUACUGUCAGAAGAAGAAGAAGAAGAGUUUGGAUUUGAUAUCCCGCCUUUCACUCCCCUUCAGGAGUCUCAAAGCGGCUAACAUUCUCCUUUCCCUUCCUCCCCCACAACAAACACUCUGUGAGGUGAGUGGGGCUGAGAGACUUCAAAGAAGUGUGACUGGCCCAAGGUCACCCAGCAGCUGCAUGUGGAGGAGCGGAGACGCGAACCCGGUUCCCCAGAUUACGAGACUACCGCUCUUAACCACUACACCGCACUGGCUCUCAGGAAGUUCUUCCUAAUGUUUAGGUGGAAUCUUCUUUCUUGUAGUUUGGAUCCAUUGCUUCAGAAUUGUCUGAAGGCAUUCCUGGUUGAGAGAAAGGACUACCAGGGAGGAUUCCUGACUCUAAAGAAAUGUGCAGUUCUACCUGUCCUUGAGUACAAAAUAGCAACCUAGGCAGUAGGCAGAUUGCUGUCAGGAAGAAUGCAUCUAAGUGACUUGGUGGAUGACAAUUGGUAUUGUUAUUAACACAGUUCCGUCAGUAAAUGGUCUCAUUGUCUCCUUGCUUUUCACAGUACAUUGUUGUUGCCUGGAAUGUGUGACUGGUAGUAGUGAUCAAUGAUGGACUGAGAUAUUGGAAUGACUGGGCUGGUGGUGCAUUUGUGUAUAUUGGUGGACAUGUGUGGGAUGCAGGAGUAGAAUGGGGUGGGUGAUAUUGAAUGGGUAAUAAAUAUGUUAUGAUUAGUAAGGCAUAAAUUGAGCAUGAGGUGUAAUAUUUUGUGAGUCAGGAUGCUUUUGACAAGAGGGAGGCUGGAGAGGGAAGGAAUUCCUGACUCUAAACAUGUUUCAAAAUGUGCUGCUGCUGUUUUUGUUUCUUGAGAUAUUUUAUUGAAUUGUGUUGUAGUGUUCUUCAAUAUUGCAUGGCAUUAUAUUGUAGUUACUCAGUUUCAUUGUUCGGUAUAUAAUAUUGAUAUGCUGUAUUGUCUAAAUUGCUUAGAGAUCAUUUGAGUAUUAAGUGAUAUAUAAAUACAUAAAACAAAUAUUUAAACAUGCCAAUAUAUGAUUUCCUACCAUGUCUAAGACCUUUUUCAUAUGCAGUUACUAUUCUUAUUAAUAAAACUCAGCAUGGAUUGCAUAUUGUGUGUUCCACUAGGUGGUGACUCCAGAAAUUCGUGCGAAAGUCAAAGGCAAAUGGGGAUUGCUACGAAAUGUUCAAUCUGCUUUCCAUAAACAGUCCUGACCUGCAAGCCAACCAACCCAAUUUUUAAAGAGAUGACUCAGAAGUAAGCCACUGGAUAGAAAGCAAUUAUAUUUUCUCAGAUGCCUUUCCUUUUCUUCUAAAGUGAAGCUAACUUGCAAGCUGAAAUCUGAGAGUAAACCCUUCAGAAUAAAGAUCUCCUAGCAAAUUAAA